AUGGAGCAUGUGGCCAGCCACCAGGCGCAGGCGGCCUCCCGGCUGUACCGAGUGCUGGCAGAGGCGGCCGGCGACGACAACGUGUUCCUGUCGCCGUUCAGCAUCGCCACCGCGCUGUCCAUGGCCUUCGGCGGCGCCGGCGGCGACACGGCGCUCCAGCUGCGGCAGGCGCUGGCGCUGCCCGAGGACGCCGCGGCGCUCCACGACGGCUACGGCAAGGUGCUGGCCAAGCUGAACGACCCGCCGAACGUCACACUCAGCACCGCCAACAAGAUGUACGUCCAGAACUCCUACAAGAUACUGGACAGCUACCUCGAGCUCAUGAAGAACCAGUACCUCAGCGAGCUGAAGAGCGUGGACUUUGCUGACGCGGCCGGCACAAGCAAACUGAUCAAUGAUGACGUGGAGUCACUGACGAGAGGGAAAAUCAAGGACUUGAUCGAUCCAAGUGCCCUGAACGCACUUGUCCGCCUGGUGCUGGUGAAUGCCAUCUACUUCAAGGGCUCGUGGCAAGAGAAGUUUGACAAGAAGGUGACGCAGAAGCAGGACUUUUUCGUCACUCCAGACAGCGCCGUGAAGACGGACAUGAUGUUCAUGGACGGCAAGCGCUUCAACUGCGGCGUGCUCUCCGACCUUGGCUGCAAGGCUUUGGAGCUGCCGUACGAGGGCCGGCGGUUCAGCAUGUUGCUGCUGCUGCCCGACAAGAAGGACGGACUGAAGGCUCUGGAGGAGAAGCUUGCCAACACACCGGUCCAGUCCAUCAUGCAGAAGCUGCACAGUGAAAAAACCACCAUCAGCAUCCCCAAGUUCAAGCUGGAGACGUCCUACAACCUCGAGGACCAUCUGAAGAAGCUGGACAUCGCUGACUUGUUUGAUUCCAAUUCGGCGGACCUGUCCAAGAUAUCGGGCAACAAUGACCUGUUUGUGUCCAAGGUGGUCCACAAGGCCUUCAUUGAGGUCAACGAAGAAGGCACCAAGGCGGCCGCCGCCACGGGGAUGGUCAUGCAGUUAAUGUGCUUUGUGCCUAACUUCGAGUUUUUUGCCAACCACCCGUUCUUCUUCGCUAUCGUUGACAACGAGGUCGGUCUGGUUUUGUUCUCUGGCCGUUACGUCAAGCCCGAGUGA